UCCUCUUUCUAUCUGUCUUCUUCCUCCUCACUUUCCUCUUCCCCUCUCUGUAUAUAUACAAAAUCUCUAACAUUCGUUAAUUUCCACCGUUAACAACCUUUUAUGGAGACGGAUGUGGUGGUGCCUGUUCCCGCUUCAGCGGUCGACUUCAACUUCGACAGCACAUGUUCAUCGCCGUACAUGACUGCUCCUUCCAGUCCCCAGAGAUUCGGCAACUUCUUCUGCAGCGCACCCGGUAGCCCGACUCAUUUUUCCGCCAUUUACCGGGAGUUUCAGGACGUCCCGGCCCCUUCCAGGAAGGAGGAGAGGCCCCGUACCUCCAAGAUCAGAGAUGUGAACGGGAAGGAAAAGGGAGUUUCCGAGGAGGAAGAUGAAGAUUUCGAGUUUAAUUUCAGUGGGCAGCUUGAGAGAACUUCCUUAUCUGCUGAUGAACUCUUCGAUGGCGGGAGGAUUCGGCCUCUGAAGCCACCGACUGGCUAUGAUACACCUAAUUCGAAUCUUUCAUCUCCGAGAUCGCCUCGAUCACCUUCCAGAAAUUCAAAGAGAAAAAUUAGCUUCGACCCAGUUGCUGCCGCCGCUGGAGAGACUCGAAAUAGAGGAGAUCAUGGUCAAAUCAAUCAACAACAGCAGAAACGUGGGAGAGAGAGAGUUUCAUCAUCAUCUUCCUCUUCCAGCUAUGUUCAUAAAGGAAGCAGAUCUCUGUCCCCGUUAAGAGUUUCAGACAUAAUGUUAGAGCAAGAACAAGACCAGAGCUCACAGUCAACGACGACGACGGCCAAAAUCGUUUCUUCAACGACAAGCAACCAGAAGCCGGCGCCGCCGUCUUCGUCGUGGUACGCCGCUUCAUUCUUGUCGGCGAUUUCAUUUUCGUCGAAGGGUCACCGGAAAUGGCGGUUGAAGGACCUGUUGUUGUUCAGAAGUGCUUCUGAAGGGAGAGCGACGAGCAAAGACCCACUUAAGAAGUACUCGGUGCUGUCGAGAGGAGAACCGGAGGAUGUUAGGAACUCGAGCUUCCGGUCCACGGAGAGCACCGGUUCGUCAGUUUCCGGUUCGAGGAGGAGAGGACAUGUGUCGGCUCACGAAAUGCAUUACACGGUGAACCGGGCCGUCUCGGAAGAACUGAAGAGGAAGACGUAUUUGCCGUACAAGCAGGGAUUGUUGGGUUGCUUGGGUUUCAAUCCCGGUGGCAGUGGUAUGCAUGAGAUUUCCAGAGGAAUUGGGUCAAUGACACGUGGACGGUCAUGAUUUACUCACACACAUAUAUAUACAUAUAGUACAAAUUUAAUUUUUCCUUGUUUUACUGGGUUCUGCUUUCUCUUUCUCUUUCUCUCUCUUUUCCUGGUGAUUAUUGUCUUUUAAUGGUGGUGUUUAUCCAUGAAAAGGACCCAAAUUUAUUUGUAUGAAAUUUACAU